CUCAAGAAAUGAACUCAAGUGAAGUUCAGAUAGUGGACAUCACACUUUGCUAUGAAUAUGUAAAUGGAUCUUGUCAGAAGGUUGUUUAUCCUCUGUUUCUGAAGGUGCCCCUUUAUUUGUUCUUCAGUUCAGUGGUGAUUUUAACAGUUUUUGGAAACUUAUUUGUCAUAAUAACCAUUCUUCAUUUUAAGCAGCUUCACAUGCCAACUAACUUCCUUGUUCUGUCUCUGGCUGUAACUGAUCUGCUGCUGGGGGCACUUUAUAUGCCUCCGUGUAUGGUACAAUCAGUGGAAACCUGCUGGUAUUUGGGCCCUUUAUACUGUAAAAUACACAGCAGUGUUGUGAUCAUGUUGGCCACUGCUUCUAUUAUUAAUUUGUCUUUAAUAUCUAUUGACAGGUAUUAUGCUGUGUGUAAACCUCUGCAGUACCACACUAAAAUCACUCCUUGUGCCACAGUAUUUAUGAUUUCCAUCAGCUGGAGUGUUUCCAUUAUAGCUGGAUUUGGCACAAUAUUUCUAGAGCUGAAUAUUCUGGGUGUUGAAGAGUUUUACUAUAAAAAUGUUGCAUGUGAAGGAGGCUGUGUGAUGUUUCAAAAUGCAGCUUCCACCAUUACUUGCAGUUUGCUGUCCUUCUACAUCCCAGGCGUUGUGAUGCUCAGUAUAUACAUGAAAAUAUUCCGUGUUGCUCAAAAGCAAGCAAAGUCUAUUCAGGACUCAAAAUGUAAAAACAAUAUAAAAUCAGUGUUGAGCAAAGAAGAGAAAAAAGCCACCAAAACUCUGGCUGUGAUUUUGGGUGUAUUUCUCUCACUUUGGACUCCAUUUUUUGUCUGUUAUAUAAUCAAAUCUUUUGGUCACCCAUUUCCUCCAGUAGUGAUUGAUAUGCUGGCUUGGAUUGGACUCAUGAAUUCUACUUGUAACCCUAUUGUUUAUGCUUUCUUCUACAAGUGGUUUAGAAAAGCAUUCAGGAUGAUUAUAUCAGGUCAAAUAUUUCAGCCAGGCUCUUCAAGAACUAAUCUAUUCUCACACUGAAAAAUUAUUUCUGAUGAUAUUUAAGAUAAUGUGCAUGUUACAUUAAAUAAUUUCAAAUGACAACAUUAAAUGAAUAAGCUUAUUAGCAAAAUUUUGAAUUGUCUUAUAUUUUAUCUAUCUAAUAUAUGCCAUAUUUCUUGCUUAUUUCAUAUUAAAGCAAAUCAUUGUUUGCAGCUAUGUUCUCACAAUGAUUUAUUUUUUUGUAUGUAAAUCAAGCAAAUAAUAAAUGAAAAUAUAUUUGUGAAUGUCAGAACCUUUGUUAA